AUGACCACAGAUAGAAGGAUUCGAAAGAAGCGAAUUAAAGGAAAUCAUACUGGGCAUAAACUGAUAGACACUAAUCCAAUCACCGAGUACCUCAUUGAAAAACUUCACCUGAUAGGCUACCAAUUUUACAACGACAAAGCGACCUCUUCUGCGGAACUCCACGUCGAGGGAAUUACCCGAAAAUUUUGGGUGCAUAAGGAAUUCCUUGUACUCCAAUCAAAUUACUUUAGCGAAAUCUUUAAUAAUCGCGCCAAGAACAGGGGUGAAUCCAUCACCAUCACUGUUCCUUCCCCCGGAACAUUCGAAUCAAUCCUUGAAUAUUUAUAUGACGGAAACGAUGAUAAGUGGUACGAUACUUUUACUCCAGAGAAUUGGCAUAGCGUUUGGGAAAAUAUCAAAUUUCUUGGACUGGGUGCGAAGGCUCAGGCU